AUGACCCAAACCGGUAAAUCAACUGGAGGCGUCCUCCAAAUCCCCGCAGCGGCCACCCAAAAGAACGCGCCCGCGAAAAAGGCCCCGAAGCCUCCUGCCCCUCGUCUGAAACUGCUAGUGAGACGACUGCCCCCGGGCCUGACGGAGGAGGAGUUUAGAAAUGCAGUGGGAGAGGAGUGGACUGCUGGUGUUGGCAAGGUCGACUGGUUUCAGUACAGACCUGGCAAGGUGUCCAAGGACCCUGCGAAACCCUCUCGACCGUCGCGCGCCUACAUCCACGUCGCUUCGAGUGAUCACAUUGCGCCUCUUGCUGACAAGGUCCGUCAGACGUCGUUCUUAGAUGCACAGAAUACAGCCAACGACCCGAUUCUCUUGGGCCCUCCGUCAGUGGAAUUUGCGCCAUAUGCCAAAAUACCCGGCAAUCGUGUGCGGAAAGAUGCCCGUCAAGGGACUAUCGAUCAGGAUCCCGAUUUCUUCGCGUUCCUCGAGAGCCUGACACAGCCGAUUACAAAACCGUCUGUUGAGUCGACUGAGUCGGAGGAGAAGAAGGAGACAAUGACUACGACGCCGUUGGUGCAAUACAUCAAGGACAAGAAGGCGAACAAGGCCAAGGAGCAGACUUCUUCCAAGUCAUCCAGAAAGUCCGAGAAAGAGGCCAAGCCGGAGAAGGUGCAGACGAAGAAACUUCUACAGCGUUCGGAUCGUGAAACUGCGUCACCAGGUACGGAAAAGACGGAGAAGAGGUCGAAGUCCGACAAGGCGACCAAGGAAGCUGUCAAGGCGGCCAACAAAGCUGCCAACGUUGCAGCCAAACAGUCCGGAAGAGCAACACCAACCGCCAAAGAGGCGCCUACGGCCCCAGCUUCGGAGCGGAAGAGAGAACGCGGGAACGCUGCUGCUGCGGCCAAGAUCCUCCAGCGAGAUCUGGGACUGUCUUCAUCGGGCGGUCGUCGGAAGGGUGGAAAGGGUUCUGAGGCUGAUACGAAGAAGGAAAAUGUUCCCAGCACCCCGACAGAGUCCAGCAAGAAGGAACCGGCGAAACCUCCCAAACAGCCCAAGGGCAAAGCCAGCGAGACGACACCUCAACCCAGCGAACCGUCCACCCCUCAAACCCAGGCCACGCCUCCGCCCACUGCGCCUGCAGCGACCAAGACGACUAAACCGUCAAAAGGAAAACAGGCAACUGCCACACCCAGCGCUACUUCUACGCAAGCCUUUCUCAAGCACGCCAACCCAUCGCAAGGAGUCACGGAACCGCUAUUGGAAACAGCGUUUUCACCAUUUGGCAAGGUCGUGUCGGUAGAGAUUGAUAAGAAGAAGGGAUUCGGAUAUGUGGACUUUGCCGAGCCGACUAGCUUGCAAAAGGCUAUUGCAGCUAGUCCGGUGACGGUGGCGCAGAGUCAGGUGGUGGUGUUGGAGCGGAAGACGAACCCUGGAGGCGACAAGCCACGCAAAGGGCGUGGAGGAGCAGGAGCAGCAGCUGGUGGAGAGCAAGCGGCCGCUACCAGCGGCAACAGCAAUAAUAACGGUAGUGCGCGUGGGGGAAAGCCUGAAGGAAGCGGCGGUGGAGGAUCAUCUCGUGGACGGGGAGGACGAGGAAGGAAUAGAGGGAAUAAGCCAGAGAAGAAGGCAUAG